UGUUUCUUUAGACCCGACCUGCGCACCAUCCCAUGUGUACGGGAUAAUUUUUUGAGGAGAAAAAUUCCUUAUUUUAACACAAUGGUAAUGGAAACUCCUGGACCCCAGGAAGUUGGCCGGGAAUUCGUACGGCAAUAUUACACAAUGCUUCAUGAAGCACCUCUUCAUCUUCACAGGUUUUACAGUAACAAUUCAGCUUUUGUACAUGGUGGAGUUGAAAAAGCUGGUAAUGAACAACCACCUGUUAUUGGUCAAGAGGCUAUCCAUAAGAAGAUAGUUUCUUUAAACUUUAAUGACUGCCAUGCGAAGAUCCGCCAAGUUGAUGCUCAGGCAACUGUGGAAGACUCCGUUGUUGUUCAGGUGACCGGUGAAUUAAGCAACAAUGGUGAGCCAAUGCGCAGAUUCAUGCAGACUUUUGUCUUGGUGCCACAGACCCCUAAAAAGUUUUAUGUCCACAAUGACAUUUUCCGAUAUCAAGAUGAAGUUUUUCAUGAUGAAGAGGAAGUAGAGGAGGCUGACAGGUUUAUAACUGAUCCUAGAGAAGAGAUCAUGGAAAAUGGUCAAGAUCAGGCUCCUACUAGUCCAGAUAUCUCGUCACCUUAUUAUGAUCAGGUCCCACUAAGCAAUGGCCCAGUGAUUGAGGUUGAAACAUUGAAAGUUCAAGAGUCAGCUCCAGUGCAUGUUCAAGCACCAGCGCCACAGCCCCAGAAAACUGAAGAAAUAAGUCCCCCUGUAGAAAGGGAAUCAAGACCUGUAGAAGAGGUUCCGGUAGCAGAAGUAGAAAAGUAUGAACAGAAAGAUGUGAAGCCAGCUGCUGUUGCUGCUGAACCUGCCCAGCAGGAGUACAGUGAUCCUCCACCUGGACCUAAACCUGUUUCCUGGGCAGCAUUGGCAGGUAAGAAUACACCGGGUGGUGUUGCUGCGCCUCCUCAAAGUUCUUAUGCACCACUUCCUGUUCACUCAAGCAAGCCACCCCCAUCAAGAGCUGAACCUCCUAAAUCAGAUGGAAUUCCUUCUCAAACACCUCAAUCUCAGAGAGCACCAAGGGCGCCCCGUGAACGUUACGACAGAGAUAGGAGCAGUGUCAGCCGUGGUGACGGAGAUGGUGAUACAGACAGUGUGAAUGGGCGGCGCUCCAAUAGUGUUGGAGGGGGUGGAGUUGGUGGCUCUAAGUACUCGGACAACCAACAAUUAUUUGUUGGUAAUUUGCCACAUAUCAUUACAGAAUCAGAGUUGAAAGAAUUUUUUGAACAAUAUGGAAAAGUCGAAGAACUUCGGAUCAACACUAAAAGUGGUGGUGGCAAAGUACCUAACUUUGGCUUUGUGGUGUUUGAAAAUCCAGAUACUGUUCAGGAAAUUCUGAAGAUAAAGCUACACCAGCCAAUCAAGUACAAAGGUGAACAUCGUUUAAAUGUGGAGGAAAAGAAGCCCAGAAACACUGAUGGAGUUCGUGGAGGAAGAGGAGGUUCCAGAGGUGGGAUGGGCGGACAGGGCCAGGGCAGAUCUGGAGGAGCUUCUUAUGGAAAUGACCGUGGCGGUGGUAGGGGUGGCAUGAAGGGCAGCAGUGGUUUCAAUAAUCGGCAAGACAUGCGUGGUUCACCUAACCUGGCCCCACGUGGUGGCAUGGCUCAGCAAGGACGUCGCUGAUAAAACUUGUCUCGGCUGGAUGAUCUAAAGACAAAACUGAACAUAACAAAUCCUGCUUUCACAGUGUGUGCAUCUUUUUCCUUUUCAACAUGAGCAUCCUAUAAUUUUCUGGCUUGUCUUAUUUUGGGCAAGACAGCCAAUUAGAUUUAUAUUGCUUUUGGUUGGAUAAAAAAGCAGUCUGUAGGGUGUCAUCACAGCUGGCUCUGUGCUGGCCCAUCAUUUUCAUUAUGUACAGGGUGGCUGUCUUUGUGUAUUUUUUGUUACUUUGUAAAUAUCAGAUCUCAGUCUUACAUAGUGUUUCUUUUUUCCCUACUUAUGUUGAAGCUAAUGACAUUAUCUCUGUGAACGUUUUUUUGUCAUUCUAUUUUUGCCAUAUUUUUAGUUGAAAAAGAGUGCUUGAGUGUGUGGGAGCUGAGAGUAUCAGAAAGAAUGGUUACUAGUCUGUUGUACAAUUCAGCUAGCACAUUUUUUUUUUCUUCAAGCUGGCUCCAAAGUAACCAAUUCCUUAUAAAAACUUGCCAAUGUUAAUCACAGGAUGGGAGAUGGGUCUCAAUUGGUUACUGUUGGUAGCAGAAUAUGUAGGUAUAACUGUUAAUAUCAGGCAAGCUCAACAUGGUUGGACUUUGUUUGACAACUUGACUGCCCAUAGAUAACUGACACCUGACACACCUUGUGUUGAACUUACCUGAUUACAGUUCUGCCUACACCGAUCAUUUUUGUAACUGCAGUUGUUAUGACAUGCUCUAUCAGACUUGCUUGUGGGUGGAAAGGGUUGAAAGGUGCACACACUGUACUUCCUUCAUAUCAUGAAUGCAUAUUUUCUUCAUCCAUUUCAUAAAAGCUUUCAUCCACUCAUAUCAUCCUUCCAUUUUGUUUUGGGGUGUUGAAAGAUGAGUGAGAUCAGGAUGUGUGGAGUGUACAUUGGAACUUUUUUUUAUGGUACUGUACUAUUUCAUAGGAUAUUGUUUGAUAAGGUAUGAGUUGGUAAAAGUACUUUGAAUGGUAUAUCCCCAAAUUUAAUUAGUUUUUUACCUGAUGCAUUCAUAACUGUUAUUUAAUUGAGUGCAUCUGUUUACUUGUGAAUGCAUGACUUGUCUAUUUUGUUGUGAUACAGUGAGCUGAUGAAAUAGUAUUGUGUAAGCUUAUGUGAAUUUCCAGAGCUAAUUACAUCUCUUUGCUUUGUCAAAAGAAUGUAUUGUUUUAAGCUGCCAGCAUUGCUAAUGCAUGUUGUAGUUACAUUUGUUACUGGAUUGGUUAUUGAAGUGUUCUCUUAUUAGUAGAGUUCAGGCAGCACAAUCUGGGUUAAGGGUGGAAAACAAUUGUCCAUUUCUUAGAAAUAGUCUUAAAAAGAUAGAAAAAUCUCUUAAUCACCAAGGCAACACAAAUCAUUAUUUCUAGGCUUACCACUCGUAUAUAAUAUACAUAUUGUCUGAAUAAUUAAAUGAUGUUUUUCAUGACAGAAUUAGUAGUUGUGUUUAAGUUGUUUUGCAAAUUUAGUGAUACUAGGUGUUUCUACUUGACACCAACUUUUGUCUUCAACUGUGUAAUUCUAUGCAAUCAUUCAGCUAAAAUUCUUUCAAAUAACCGAAUAGUAUUUUCACCAAAAGUUUAGAUUUGCCAUUCAAGUGGCGUAGAUCAACAUGACAUUCCUCUUAGUUCCACAGCUUUCAUGUUGACUGCCUUAAAGGGGAUGAUGUAUGGGCCAAUUGUUAACCUGUAUAACUGAUCUCUGCAUUCAAAAUAUUUUAUUUGACAAAAUAAUACUGAUGCAUUGCUAAUAAAUGGUGUUUGAAAGCAAG